GGAACUUCCGACUGGAAAAUGGCAUGUGUUGACAUCCACACUCACGGAUCUGGCAUGAAAAUACUUUUCGAGGGAACAACCGGAGGUUCAUUUACCUCCGACAUGGCGAUUGAUGACGUCACAUUAGAAACAGGAAGUUGUUCCACAGUUACGUCACCAACCUCAACAGUACCUACAACGUCUGCAUCUACGACUGUUGAGACUGUUACUCUCUUUGAGGGGCACUGGGGACCUUGGAGUACUUACAGCGCGUGCUCGGCCACUUGCGGAAGUGACGUCACUCGUACAAGAUUACGUCAUUGUAUCAGCGGAGUAUGCCCAACCGGAAAUUCUAGUCAAUCCAUAGCGUGCCAUAUGUCGGAUUGUCCAGUGACAGCUGUCGACGGUCACUGGAGCACCUGGUCGACUUCCACGUGCACUGUCACUUGUGGAACGGGACUCGCGACGAGCACGCGAACGUGCACUAACCCCGCACCUUCGCAUGGAGGUCAAACGUGCCCCGGGUCGUCAAUAAGGCACUCUUAUUGUCGUAUUUCAAGCAGCCAGUGUUCAGUGGAUGGACAAUGGAGCACAUGGAGCGCUUAUGGCGCAUGCUCAGACACUUGUGGCACGGGUCAAAUGUCAAGCCACAGGUCAUGCACUCAUCCUGCUCCAUCUGGCGGGGGUCACAACUGUGUGGGUAAUUCAUUGAGGACUCAGAGUUGUACAGCUUCCCAGACAUCCUGUGUAGUGGACGGCAAUUGGUCGAGUUGGACCACAUGGUCGACUUGCUCAGUGUCAUGUGACCUUGGAACCAUAACGCGCACGCGCAGUUGUUCACAACCAGCACCUUCUAUAGGAGGCCGGGCGUGCAUCGGAGACACGACGGAAACCCACGAAUGCACGAACGGACCGUGUCCAGAAUGGUCGCACUGGUUCAACGGCGAUUGCAGCGUCUCGUGUGGAACUGGGACACGUGAACGCAUGCGCGCGUGCAGUACCGGAAACAACCAUGAUUGCGCGGGAACCUCGUAUGAAACACUCCCUUGUGAUGGACCCCAAUGUAUAUAGUUAAUUGCUUCGAUCUUGAAUAAAAACUUAUUAAAGGAAA